AUGGCGCCGGCUGACGGAUUCCCCGCCGCCGAUCCGGCUGUGAAGCCCUCGACAGCUUCAGCAGACGAAGCAAUCCCCACUAACGGCAGCGCGAAGAACGGCAACAGUCGCGCCGCGACAUCGGCAACCCAAGCCGCGACGUACGUUGGCUCGCUCUGCCAGCUCUCCGCGCCGCUACCGACAAAAGUCGCGCUGGUCAACGCGGAUCAGCUGGCGGAAUCCCCGGAGGAGGAGGCGGAAUGCGAGACCAUGGAGCAAGCCGUGCUCUCCGCUCUCGACGCGCUUCCCAAGGACAUCGACCGUUACAUGUACCUCCGCGCGACGCGCGAGGCGGACGAGGAGUUAUUUUUCCGCCUACUAAUGGACCAUACUGAAGAGGUUCUUCCUUACAUCUACACGCCAACGGUCGGCGAGGCCUGCCAACGCUACCACGAACUCGGGAUCGUUCCGAACGGAAUCUACCUCACGGCGGCGGAUAAGGGCCACUUUCUGGAGCGCCUCCGCGCAGCGUGCCCGCACAGCGGCAUUCGCGCGAUUGUGGUGACGGACGGAGAGAGGAUCUUGGGUCUCGGGGACCAGGGCGCGGGGGGGAUGGGGAUCAGCGAGGGGAAGAUUCUGCUUUACACCGCAAUGGCGGGGUUAGAUCCGCGUCGCGCCCUGCCGGUGAUGCUGGACGUGGGGACUAAUAACGAGAAGCUUCUAGCGGAUCCGGCGUACAAGGGCCUGCGUCAGCGGCGGCUGCGCGGUCCGGAGUACGACGAGCUCGUGGACGAGCUGAUGACCGCGGCGCGCACGCUUAAGCCGCACGUUCUGCUGCAAUUCGAGGACUUCGGCAACUGCAACGCGUUUCGGCUGCUGGAGCGCUAUCAGCACACUCAGUGCUGCUUUAAUGAUGAUAUCCAGGGUACGGCGUGCAUCACGCUCGCGGGAUUGCUCUCCGCGCUCCGCGUCACCGGGCGGCCGCUGGAGGAGCAGCGCAUUCUGUUCCUCGGCGCGGGGGAGGCGGGGACGGGGAUCGCGCAGCUGAUCGCGCAGGCGAUGAAUCGACGGUGCGGGAUGGAUCUCGACGCGGCGCGGCAGCGGUGCUUGUUUAUGGACUCUAAAGGCCUCGUGUGCAAGGAGCGCGAGUUAAAGGGCGAGCUGCAGGAUCACAAGAUCCCCUUCGCGCAUGAUCUGCCGUACCAGCCGGAUUUGAUCUCGGCCGUCCAUGAGUUCCGACCGACGGUGCUGAUCGGCGUGUCGGCGCAGGCGAACGCUUUCUCCAAGGAGGUGAUUGAAGCGAUGGGUGUGUAUAACGAGCGGCCCGUGAUCUUCCCGCUCUCCAACCCCACGUCCAAGGCGGAGUGUUCUUAUAAAGAGGCGUUCAAAUACACGGGCGGGCGCGUGGUUUUCGCGAGCGGAAGCCCGUUCCCCCCGCUGGUGGCGGAAUCGGCGGAGCCGGGCGGCGGGAAGUUGACGAUGUACCCCGCACAGGCUAAUAACGCGUACGUGUUCGGGCCGAUCGGCAUGGCGGCUCUGUUAACGCGGUGCAGCAGUAUCACGGAUGACGUAUUCCUGUCGACCGCGGAAUUCCUGGCGCAACUCACGCCGCAGGCGCAUCUGGACCGCGGAAUGCUCUUCCCCUCGCUCUCCGCCAUGAAGGCGCUCGUGCCGCUGCUUAUAGCGCGUAUAUCGGAGUUCAUGGUGGCGGCGGGGCUGGGCACCCCCCCGCCCGCGGUGGGUGCGGGGACGGUGGCGGACUGGGAGCGCCACGCGCGCGCGAGCAUGUACCACCCGCACCCGCACGGCCCGCUCGCGCUCCCCGCUGUCCCCAGCGACUCGGAGGAGCUCCAGGGCUGGGCGGGCGCAGGCGCAGGCGCGGGCGCGGGCGCGGGCGCGGCGCAGACGGAGCAGAGCCAGUUGCAAGACGUGGUGCAUCAGCAUCUGCACAUGCCGGGGGGACCGGAAGUGGAGGUGAGCGCGGGCGACAUGGCGGAGCUGGCGGACAUGUGCCGCGACUUCCAGCUCUACCUCCUGGACCGCCGCCUCAAGGAGAACGGCGUCGCCGCCUUCAUCAAGCCCUCCGCGCUCCCCGCCGCUGCUGGCGCGGCUGCUGCUGCUGCUUCUGGUGCGGGCGCGGGUGCUGCUGGUGCGGGCGCGGGGUUGAAGGAGAUGCGCGGGGUGUACCUGACGGGGAAGGACCGCGGGCAGAUGCUGCAGCGGCUGCAGCGGUGGGGGGAGCAGCGCGCGGAGGUGGGGAAGGACGUCGAUGCGGUUCUGGUGGUGGACGCGGAAAUCGUGCUGGGUCACACAGGCAACAGUAGCAGCAGUGGUAGCAGCGGUGGUAACGGUAACGUCGCUAGUAGUGACAGCAUGGCGACGCUCUUCUCGUCUGCAGCAGCCGCAUGGCCGAAUCUGGACCCGAGCAGGUGCCUUCUGGUGUGUCUGGAUACGGGCACGGAUAACCCUCUGCUGUUGGCGGCUGGGUCUGGUUACAGGGGGCUGAGUCAUCCGCGUUUGAAGCCGUCUCGUUACAAUGAUAUCCUGGCGGAGCUGCUGGGCGCUGUGCGCGUGUGGAACCCGAGCCUGCUGCUACAGUUCACGGACUUUUAUAACAGUAACGCGUUUAAGCUCUUGGAUAAGUACCGCGGGACUCACUGCUGCUAUGAGAGCACAACCACAAGCAGCGACAGUGGGGAGGAGGAGGGAGAGGAGGAGAGCAGCAGCGAGAGUGAUAAUGAGGUGCCGGUGUGCUGUGUGUCGCUGGAUGGUAUGCUUUCCGCUUUGGAGGAAGCUGACGGUGUUGUAGCGGAAUUCGGGGUGGCUUUUAUGGAGGAUGCUGCGGAUGGGGAGCCCAGGGGCGCGGUGACCAAGGGAAAGGCGUCGACGAAUGGCGUGGCGACAAGUGGCAACGGAGCGGCAGACCUGGUGGGGCUGCAGGAUGUGAAGGAGUGUACUCUGGAUGGCGGCAAUAACGACCUUAUCUGCACUGGCUCUCUCACCUCUCCCUCAACACGCAAGACUCAGCACAAGACCCGAGCUGUCCCUCACAGGCUCGCCAUUCCCUCGUCUCUGCCCUACUGCACGCCUUUCACUCACUCCCGCUCCCUUGCUGCUCCAACCCUGCGCCUGUCCGUGCCUCGGGCUGGUUCGGGGGGUUUCCGUGCCCUGGCUGCUGGUUCGGUGAAGGCAGGGGCGUCUGUUGCUAGGGUGGCUGGCCUGGGUGUUGGGCUGCGGUUUGCUUCUGCAUGA